AUGGUUAAUAAGGUGGUGCCACUGGACAGCAGACAGUGGAAGAGGGACGACAACGAUGGCUCAUCUGACGCUCCUUCUUGUUCUGCUGUGGGUACCACAGUGAGCACAGUGGUGGACGGGUACAAAGGAAUCAUUAAAGGUCAACAAUGUAAUCCAACAGAGCGUCUGUAUCAUGUGAAAUUGGUCGAUCAAAACAAUAAUUUCAUCUGUGGAGGCUCUUUGAUCAACAACCAGUGGGUUCUGACUGUGGCUCACUGCUGGAAGUCAGGAUUAAAAUUGUCAGUCAUUUUAGGAGUGCAUCCAGGUCCAGGAGAGAAAGUGGACAUAACUACAGAACCUGCGAUCUUGAAAAAUAGGAUCCAUGACAUUAUGUUACUGAAGCUACCGGAAGGAACAAAAAUUCCAGCUAUUAUAGGUCUUGCUAACUGCAAUGCAAAACCAAGAUUGGGAGAUGAGGUGCAGAUUGCAGGACAUGCCUCCACCCACAUGGGCAACAACAAAGAAAGAGUAGGUGGUGAAUCAGCAACUCUUCAGUGUGCAAAUGUUAACAAUGUUGACUGCACCAGACUCAGAGAACUUAAGAGUUCCCAGCACUGGUUCUGUGGUCAAGCUGAUGGAAAGGAUGCAUGUCAUGGUGACUCUGGUGGAGCAGUGGUGUUCAAUGGCCGGCUCUACGGUUUAGUCACUUUCACCGGGGGCCAUGUAUACGCAACAAAAGAAGCAUUUGGAUUCAUAGACCUUUGUCAUCCAGGCUAUUUACAGUGGAUCGAAACAACUAUUGCUAAUUCCAACAAGAAGCAGAAUAAGAUGACUGUUCAGAGGAAGAAGGACAUCAAGGAGAAGAUAAAGAAUCUGAUGGAGAAUAUGAUGAAGAAGAAGACUGUUCAGAGGAAGAAGGACAUCAAGGAGAAGAUAAAGAAUCUGAUGGAGAAUAUGAUGAAGAAGAAGACUGUUCAGAGGACGUUUAAGGAGAAGCUGAAAAAAGUGGGGAAUAAGAUUAAGGAAAAGAUAACGAAUCUGAAGGAUAAGGUUAAGGAAGGGUUAACAAAUCUGAAGGAUAAGAUGUCGAAUCUGAAGGAUAAGAUUAAGGAGAAGCUGAAGAAGACGGGCUAG